AUGGCCAAGUCUAUUCUGGCCGUCAACGCUGGCUCGUCCUCGGUUAAGGUGACCUUCUAUACGUUCACGAACCCCCCCACGCGCUAUCGCCGACGCGCAAGUAAGGAACAACCACAGGAAAACUUAGGCACUCCACAGGAUGCCUUCAAGUACAUCCUCCAGCGCUGCUUCAGCGAUCCCGAAUUAUCCGAGGUCGCCAGCGACAAUGAUCUCGCGUAUAUCUGUCAUAGAGUCGUCCAUGGCGGCGACUAUUGUAAAGAGAUUGAGAUAAACGACGAUACGCUUCAUCGUCUCGAGGCACUAGAAGACCUGGCACCGCUACACAACUUCUCCGCACUAGAAAUUAUUCGACUAUGCAAGAAAGAGCUUCCAAGUGUGGCAAGCAUAACAUUUUUUGAUUCGGCCUUCCAUCAGACCAUGCCUCUUCAUGUGAAGACAUACCCAAUUAACCAGCAAAUCGCUAAAGCUAAUGGACUGCGCAAGUACGGAUUUCACGGAAUCAGUUACUCUUUCAUUCUUCGCUCCGUGGCUCAAUUCUUGGGCAAGCCGGCGGAGAAAACCAAUUUGAUUGUUAUGCACAUUGGAAGUGGAGCUUCGAUCUGUGCGAUCAAGGACGGCAAAUCCAUCGAUACCUCAAUGGGCCUCACGCCCCUGGCAGGCUUGCCUGGGGCGACACGAAGUGGAGAUAUCGAUCCCUCUUUGGUUUUCCACUAUACAAACGAGGCUGGGAAAUUGAGUCCCGCGAGCACCAAGGACAUGCAUCUGAGCACGGCGGAGGAAAUUCUGAACAAAGAAUCAGGAUGGAAGGCUUUGACCGGAACCACGGACUUCUCGCAAAUUGCUGUUGAAAAUCCGCCUUCGGAGGCCCACAAGCUUGCCUUUGAUAUCCUUGUUGACCGCAUCUUGGGAUAUAUUGGGAACUACUACGUCAAGUUGGGGGGCGAGGUCGAUGCACUCGUCUUUGCCGGCGGCAUUGGCGAGAAGAGUGCGUUAUUGCGGCGAAUAUUGGCCGAGAAAUGUCACAGUCUAGGCGUGGCGAUUGACUCCGACGCUAAUGGCAAGGGGGUGGAAGAGGAUCAGAUCGUGAAGGAUAUCUCCAAGGGCGGCGGUAAGGGGCCCCGCACGCUGAUUUGCCAGACCAAUGAACAGUUCGAAAUGGCAUACCACAUCGUCAGCUCGCGGUCGUGA